CACUUCGCUCCAGUUUUAUGGGGAUAUAGGGCUGUGUCUCUUGCGCACAACCAGGCGAGUUUGGAUGGAAGAAACAGGCAGAGCAACAAGCCAGACUGUCAUUUACUGAAGGACGUAAUGUGCACCUGACACCAUGACGGACAGGGAGGAGGACGAGCGGGGCUGCAGAGCUUUUUCACCCACGUCCGGUUUUCAGCACUUUAAUUCGACUGAACUACAUCAAAACCAAGACACUUCAGCAUGGAGGCUGAAGGGGAGAUAACUUUAUGUGAGAUUCAGCUGGCUCUGUUUUUUUGAAUGUGCAAGGAUCUUUCCCAGUCUGAGGUCAGAAACAUGAUGCUCAGUCCUGACCAGCCUGAGUCUGACCUGCCCUGGGGACAAGUUGACAGAGAGACCCUUCUGGACACUUUAAAUGUGCAGUGUGGGUCCAUGCCAGCCGAACCUGAGGAAGGAGAGGGCAAGGCACGCUCCGUGCACUUGCCCGCCCUCAGCAGGGAGGAGAAGAGGCGGAGGAGGCGCGCAACAGCUAAAUAUCGAUCCGCGCACGCCACCAGGGAACGUGUGCGCGUGGUGGCCUUCAACCUGGCCUUUGCAGAGCUGAGAAAACUGCUCCCAACACUCCCACCAGACAAGAAGUUGUCUAAGAUUGAGAUCCUGCGACUCGCGAUUUGUUACAUCUCCUACCUCAACCACGUGCUGGAUGUUUAGGCUGUGAGGACCAACAGGAGGAUGGACUGAGGCAGGAGGACUGUUUGUAUGACAGCUGAAUGAUUUCUUGAUAUUGAUACCAUAAGAUUUGAGGAAUGCCCUGUAUAUGGUUGGUUAUGCAACACACUGUAGAUUACAGUGCAUCCUAGUUUUGGGAAUAUCACAAUGAUUGUUCAUCAUGGGAAACAGUUGCAGGACUUCAGGCUUAAUGUCAUUAAAAGGAUGAAAAAAAUGCAAAUAUUUUAAAAGCUGAUGUAUAUUAUAUUUGUGUAGCCAAUCUACUAAAUGAUCGACCUUAAAUUUGCUGCCUUGUCUUUAGUUGUGACUUACUGUUUGCACCAAUUUGUAAAUAUAUUUAAUUCAAUUACACAAAAAAAUUAUCUACUGGACAUUUGUGUGCUUUAAAUAAAUUGUGACAGCUCAAGAAAUAUUCAAGAAACAUGUUUGAUGCUGUUUUGAUGCCAGUUAUGUUACAAUUUCUCUGAACCAUGAAGUUUCUGAUCUGAUCUGUUGGCCGUAUUAGAUUUUAUCUUAGAAUGUGACUUCUGAAAGCUCUUUUUUAUUUCAAGUAAAGCCACCAAACAAGCUGUUCCUCCACCACAUGGGAGAGGUCUUGGUAUUUGUUGGGAUGUCUCUCCCUCUGGAUAGGGCAGGUGUUUCUCCAACAACCAUAUUAUGGCCAUCCAUCUGCUUCCUCUCUGGGGACACACAAAUGCUUAUACAUACAAAUGAGGCAGUAAUGUGAACGUAAACAAGAAAUUCUAGUACUCAUGCUUUUUGGCUUUUUCCCUUUCUUUUAUUGUGUUAUAUAUCUUUUUUGUGCAU